CUUUGAUAUCUGACCACAAACCUCAAAGUUCGGCAAAAAGCAAAAUAUACUUUUCUCAUCUGCAGACUCGUCUACCAUUGCAUCAGCCAAUCUUCCCCUGCAACCCAGCCAAAAAUCAAGUCACCUGGAACCAGUUUCGGGCAGCGGUAAAAAACAGUGGGUCUAGGUCUUUUCGGCACGGACUCGCCCUCCGCUCCCACUCCUGGACUACCCUACCACCAUUUCCCUUGCCUCGCCGCUUUCAACUUCUUUUCUUCUUCACCAACACCACAACCUCUGAGCGACAAACAAAGGAUCGCCUUUGCGACUCUCACUCGCAUCUUGGAAUAUACUAGUAUUUCAACCGCGCUGCGACUCGCCAUUUCCCCUACGCAUUAUUACAUUCAGCUUGCGACCGACCACAAUGGCCACCCCCCAGUCCACCACUUCUUACGACGACGCCUCGGCCGACAAGAAGCUUGAGCAAAUCACCUUUCGCUUCUGUUCCGAGUGCUCCAACAUGCUCUACCCCAAGGAAGAUGUGGAUUCUCACAAGCUGCAGUUCACCUGCCGGACGUGCCAGUACACCGAGGACGCCCAAUCCACCUGCGUCUUCCGCAACGUCCUCAACACCUCGGCCGGUGAGACGGCCGGUGUCACGCAGGAUGUUGGCUCCGACCCAACGCUCCCGCGAUCCAACAAGACCUGCCCCAGUUGCAAGCAUGAAGAAGCCGUCUUCUUCCAGUCUCAGCAGCGAAGCGCCGAGACCGGCAUGAAAUUGUUCUACGUUUGCUGCGAGUGUGGUCACAUCUUCGCAUAGGCAUGACUUGUAUGAAUACCCCCGAAGAGCUCGAUCUCAUCACCGUCUUAAAGAUUUGGAGGAAGGGUUCUCGGAUUGUUUCCAUUAGCAAAUGGCGUUCACGGAAGGGUGUGGCAAAGAUGCCACUGGCGCUGGAUGGCUUUAGAAGACAUGGAAUUUGUAUCCUAUCAAUAUCUGAUAGACCUGUACUGGUAGAUGCGAUGGAGGGCAAUAAGGACUUGUCAAGCUGCUCUUUGCAGUCUUGAAUCACAA